AUGGUUCGCCUAUUGCGUUAUGGAACUAUAUUUGGAUCAUUGAAAGAUCGUUGGAGAUACUUAUAUAAAAGUGAUUUAUAUAAAAGAAGACUGGAAGCUGGUCCAGAACCAGAACGUUUUCGAUCAGCAUUAAUUAAUUGGAAUUAUGAUGCAGAAUUAUACGCGUGUACACAUCGAUUUGGUGAGAAGCUAAAUAUUGAAUCGUUACGAAAUGCCAUGACUGAUGCUUCAUUUUUAAAGCAAAUCGUUAAACAACGUACUGAAGCAGGUCUUGCUGCUACUGAUCAAACAACAUUGUCAUUUACUCAUAAUGAAGAAUUAGCAAAGCAAGGAAAACAAAUCGCUGAAGAUUUCUUACAAAAAGCUCUUCAUUAUUGGUAUCCAAAAUUUCCACAGGAAGGCAUUGAGGCUAUAACAAAAUUUCUCCUUUCGGAGUCAACAAUAGCUGAUAUAAGCUCAGGUCUUGGUUUUAAAACACUUAUUCGAUGUGAUAUACCAUCACCUCGUCCAACUAUGCUUACAAAUGCUCUCUUUGCUUUUAUUGGUUCCAUUAAUGAAAAUAGUGGCCAAUCAAGAGCUGAAGUUUUUGUUGCUGAUUUUAUUUUAACACAUCUUGUAGGAAAAGAUAUUAAUGAAAUAUGGCAAGUUAAAAAUCCAAUGGGUCUAUUAACCAAAGUUUUAGAAGAGAAUGGAAGACAAGCACCUGAAUCUCGAUUGAUAUGGGCAACGGGCGUUUCUAGCGUACUUUCGACGUAUGUCGUUGGUGUAUAUUCCAAUAAAGAAUUUCUUGGAAAAAGUGCCGGUGCAACAGUUUCAAUUGCUGAAGAAAUGGCAGCACGUGACGCGUUACGUCAUUUGUUUGAAACUGAUGAAAAACGAGCACAGAUCCCUUUUGAUAAUCUCUAUAAAAAAGGAUUGUUAAUACAUAAAUAA